AAACGAACAGACGAAAUGAGCCCCAGCAAGGAGGUCGAACGCUUUGAAAACGGGGGAAGAGAGAGACUGUGAAAGAGAAAGAGGGAGAGAGAGAGAGGGCGACUGACGGACUGAGCCAGAGCAAAACCAAACCAGAGAAAAAAAAGAAGAGCAGCGAGAGCGAGACCCAUCCAAUAAGCAAUCAAUCGCUUCAUUGCCCAAGCUCCCCUCUCUCCCUCUCCCUCCCCCCUAAAUUGAUUGGACAUUGUUCAACCUUCCUGAAUAUUCCAGCCCACCACCGUCCAGAACCGCACUCUACACCCGUUCCCUUUUCAUUCCUGUAAAUUUUUGUAAGGUAUACUAUACACCGUCUGUACCAAUGGAGAUGUACGGUCGGAACCCAGCAAUGGAGGGGUCGCAAUCGGAUCCGCCGGUUGACUGGAACUCUCCAGGGGCUCAAACUGGGCUUGAAGAACCCAUGUGGCAAAUGGGAUUGGUCAGCAGGGAUUCGUACCCGGAGAGGCCUAACGAGCCCGACUGUGUCUACUACAUGCGUACUGGGUUUUGUGGCUAUGGUGCCAGGUGCCGUUACAAUCAUCCCCGCGAUCGCAGUGCGGUUCUGGGAUCUGCAAGACCCGGAGGGGUGGAGUACCCGGAGCGAGUGGGCCAACCUGUGUGCCAGUAUUUUAUGAAGACGGGAACUUGCAAAUUUGGUGCUUCCUGCAAGUACCAUCACCCGAGACAUGGAGGUGGAUCCGUGAGCCCCGUCUCACUAAAUUAUCAUGGAUACCCAUUACGACCGGGGGAGAAGGAAUGUUCCUACUAUGUUAAAACGGGGCAAUGCAAGUUUGGUGUAACCUGUAAAUUCCAUCAUCCACAACCAGCUGGUUCAUCAGUGCCGGCACCUGCAUCUUCAUUUUAUCCUAUGGUGCAGUCUCCUUCAGUUCCUUCUCAACAAUAUGGGGGAGUGGCAGCCAACUGGCAAGUUGCAAGGCCCCCACUUUUACCUGGUUCAUAUGUACAAGGGGCUUAUGGACAUGUGCUGCUUUCCCCAGGGAUGGUUUCAGUUCCUGGUUGGAGUCCUUAUCCUGCACCUGUUAGCCCAGUGGCCUCUCCUGGUACUCAACCCACUGUUGGAGGAGGUCCACUUUAUGGAGUAACACAGCUAUCACCUUCUGCACCUGCAUAUGCAGGACCUUAUCCACCAUUACCUUCUUCUGCUGGCCCUUCAAGUAGUAGUCAGAAGGAACAUGUAUAUCCAGAGAGACCUGGCCAUCCUGAAUGCCAGUAUUACAUGAGGACAGGGGAAUGCAAAUUCGGAUCCUCAUGUAAAUAUCAUCACCCCCCAGAAUGGAUUACACCAAAAACAAAUUGUAUCCUCAGCCCUAUUGGUCUCCCUUUGCGUUCGGGUGCUUCACCUUGCGCUUUCUAUACACAAUAUGGGAUAUGCAAAUUCGGACCUACAUGCAAAUUUGAUCAUCCAAUGGGGAGUCUAAGUUAUAGCCCAUCUGCAUCUUCUCUUGCUGAUAUGCCAGUUGCUCCUUACCCAGUUGGAUCUUCACUGGCUACUCUGGCUCCAUCUUCUUCUUCUUCAGAACUAAGGCCUGAAUUCAUUUUGGUAUCAAAGGAUUCUUUCUCAACCAGAAUACAAUCUUCUGAGAACACAUCCAGUGGUUCAGUUGGUUCAAUUUUCUCAAAGAGUGGACCUGUUCCUCAUUCUGCCAUCCAACCUUCUGGUCAGACAUCCACUUCAUCUUCUGGUAGCAGUAGCACGGUGCAUGGCAGUGAGGCUCGUAGUUCAAGAUGAUCAUUACAAAAUCUGGUCCUCAUUAUUCCUCUGGAUCAAAUUUCAUGAUUUUGGUAUGUUCACUGUCCUUGUACCCCAGGAACAUAAUAUAUUCAAUACUUCCUUUCCAGAUAAAAGCCUCAUUUAUCAGUCGCCGGGUUUCCAACAACAGAUCCAGUCAUAGCCCAAAUUAGGUAUAAUCAGCUUGUGUUCAUACAAUCUUUAUAUGGCCAACUCUCUCAUUUUGAAUAAGCUAUAGCCAUUGUUGAUAGGUAUAGCAACCUUAUAGUAGACAUUUUAAUAACCAAAGAAAACCCCUUUAAGAAAGCAAACAUACGCCCCUCCUGUACUUUUGUAUUUAUUUAUGCCCUGAUCUUUUCGAAGCGAAAAGGAUCAGUCAGUUCUACUUUGCUUGCUUUUUCUUUAACAGUAUUGCCACCUUUUCUGUUGUUUCCCCCUUCAUUUGGUCUUAGCUUGGGAAUGGGCAUUCAAUUUUGUUGUUCUAAGCUUAAAUACCAAAGCUUAGAAUGGGAUUUAAAGGCUUUCUGCUCCCCUUCCCUUUUUGUCCAGGGGUUUAUUGUGAAAAAGUAACUUUUGAAAGUCAAGUAGUAUUGCAUUUAUGCAACAUAUGAGACAGGAGACAUGGCUAUGUCUUUGAGACUUGUGCAUUGCUUGAUGAUGGCUGUUAUAUUUAUUAAAUACAAAAAGGAAACUUUGACAUUGUAGUAAUUUAA